GUAGGGGCCGAAGAUGUUAGUCUCUAUCAGACUCAUUGGGUUGAUGAGGAUGGGUUGCAAAUGACUAGUUCCUCGGCCUGCUGGCUAACUCCUCAGCCUAUCUGGAACAUUUUCACUCUUUUACCAACAACACAAGGAGUCUGGAGGACAGUAGAGUAGUAUAAGUCGCACCGGUUAUGUAUGCAAAUGUAGUUAAGGAUGUAUGUACACAUUUCAUGAAGUAUAUAUACAAAUUUCUGCCAAUGUUGAAACUGCUAUAAUCCGUUUAAAAGCAGUUAAUCAUAUUUUGAUUAUUUGUGAAUAAUUCAUUCUCAUUUAAUCUUUUACCUUUUUUAAGUAAAGGAGGUGAUUCUGUCAAUCUUCAAAGUGUUGAUUAUAACAUUUAUUAUGAUUUUUUCUCCUUUCAACUUUAACAACUUUGAACUAAAUGUUCUCUCGUGACAUUUAAGGAAUGGAGACAAUUGGUAUUUCGUGGAGAGUGGCAUUCGGGGUUUGCGCAAGCCUGGCUCCUUCAGGUGGUUACGUCCUUCUGGGUAUUCUAGCUUACGUCAUCAGAGAAUGGUGGAUCCUGCAGCUCGUGAUAACAUCGCCAGGGGUGCUGUCCCUCAUAGCCUGGUGGUUUAUACCAGAGUCUCCGCGAUGGCUUCUCCUGAACAACAAGGUGAAACAGUGUAGAAAACCAUCCAGCGAAUCGCCAAGUACAACGGAAUGGAAGUACCUCCGAAAAUCUACGAGUGUAUAGAAGGAAGUACGGCUCGAAGAGGAAGUACUGAUGAGGUGGAUGGAAUUCCUGGCGACUCCAAGAGGAACUACAACCUACUUGAUCUUGUCAGAACGCCGAACAUUAGGAAGAUCACAGUUGUGAUGAUUAUUGUAAGUUUGAACACGGUGUGUAUUUACAUCGGUCUCCUGUUCGGGACGUCCCAGCUGGCCGGCAGCCAUUACCUCAACUUUAUUCUCGGCGCAUGUGUGGAAGCAGUCGGCAUGUUGACGGCAGGGGUGACCAUGCGGAGAUGGGGCCGCAAACGGUCCACUGUUGGCUUCAGCCUGCUCGCAGGUGUCUCGUGUGUGGCCACGGCUGCUGUUCCAAGCGGUCUCGGCCAUGUGACGACAGCAUUAGCUACGGUGGGUAGGUUCGGCGCUAGUAGUACAUUCGCCAUCCUCGACAUCUACUGCACAGAACUCUUCCCGACUGUGAUCAGACACAUGGGCGUUGGCACCACCAUCAUGGUCUCCCGGGUUGGCGGGAUCGUGGCUCCGUUCCUCAGUCUCCUUGGUAACGUCUGGCGGCCCCUCCCUCUGCUGACGCUGGGCGUGCUGUCCUGCGUCACCACCAUGGUCGUCACCGUGCUGCCGGAAACACAUGGCGUGCCGCUGCCUAACACUCUGCAGGACAGCGAAAACAUCCGGAGGUGAGCCGAG